AUGGGUGGUGGGAAAGGAGGUGCCAGGCAUGAGGCCAAGCCUUGGGUGGAUGUUGGCUUGUUAUACAAGUGCUUGGAAAAGCACCAGAAGUUGCUUGCUGACAUGAAGGCAUAUGAACAUGUCAGUUCCCAGGCAGCACCUAAUGCCAAAGCCCUCCUGGAUCUGAAAAACUUGUGGGCUGGAUUGCUAGAGCUCUCACCACAGGGCAGCAUCCAUUCCCAGCCUCUGAGGCAAGCCUUGAUCAGCUUACUGACCACUAUUCCAGACUUGAAUUCUGGAAAGCAUAGUGGUGCUGUCUGGGCAAACCUCAAGAUAGAGAGGCUCAAUUGCAUGCUGAAGCAUGUAAGGCAGCUUGAAUACCAAAGUCUUUUGGAAGGCUUGGAAAAGCUGCAGACUGCCCCUGGCCCAAAUGCUGACCCUGGGGAUGCAGAGGUGGUGCCUGAGAACCCAGGGGCUGAACAUGUGGAGCAGGCAGAGGAGGAGCAGAGGCUUGCCUGCAAUUUUCAGAAGCCCUCUUGGAAAAGAGGCAAGCUUGAAGAAGCCUGCUGCAUCUCCCCAGCUUGCCAACAGAAGGCCAAGAGGGCCCACAAACAGUGGAGUGCCUUGGAGCAGGCAGACCCCAGCUCCCCAAGCCACUUGGUCAGCCAUCUGGAAGCCUUGGAAAAGGCCCAGAAAAGGGUGCCAGCAGAGGCUGCAGGAAGAGCUCCAGAAGGGUCAGCAGUGAAGACCUCUUUGCUUUGGAGCAACUCCUGGACAAAAGCUGAGGUCAUCAUUCUGUCCUAUGUUGCCAGCACUGGCAGGGCCAAGGGAGUGCCUGUGGAGAUCAGAGAUCUCAUCCCCUUCCACCACAAAUUUCUUGGAAAAGAAAUUUGCUGGCAGAAAACAGGCCCCAGUGGGAUCAGUGGCCUGGAGGGACAAGUGGAAAGCAAAGAGGUCCUGGAAAGGACCAGUGGAAAGCAAAGAGGUCCUGGAAAGGGCCCAAGUCCCACCCAAGUUUUGGAAAAGACUUGGGAAUGGGUGGUGGGAAAGGAGGUGCCAGGCAUGAGGCAAGCCUUGAUCAGCUUACUGACCACUAUUCCAGACUUGAAUUCUGGAAAGCAUAGUGGUGCUGUCUGGGCAAACCUCAAGAUAGAGCUUGAAUACCAAAGUCUUUUGGAAGGCUUGGAAAAGCUGCAGACUGCCCCUGGCCCAAAUGCUGACCCUGGGGAUGCAGAGGUGGUGCCUGAGAACCCAGGGGCUGAACAUGUGGAGCAGGCAGAGGAGGAGCAGAGGCUUGCCUGCAAUUUUCAGAAGCCCUCUUGGAAAAGAGGCAAGCUUGAAGAAGCCUGCUGCAUCUCCCCAGCUUGCCAACAGAAGGCCAAGAGGGCCCACAAACAGUGGAGUGCCUUGGAGCAGGCAGACCCCAGCUCCCCAAGCCACUUGGUCAGCCAUCUGGAAGCCUUGGAAAAGGCCAAGGAUUUGGGAAAGUCCAAGGCCAAGCCCAAGGCCAAGGCCAAGGCAAGCCAGAGAAAGGACUUGGAAAAGUCCAAGACAGUGGGUUUGGACAAGCCUGCUGCCAAGCCCAAGGUGAUGGUUGAUUGGCACCAGACCUUGGAGAACUCUGGCAGGGUCAGCAGUGAAGACCUCUUUGCUUUGGAGCCCCAGUGGGAUCAGUGGAGGGCCACUGUGCUUUUGGCCUGGUGGACCUGGCAAAAUGCCAGGACAAGUGGAAAGCAAAGAGGCCCUGGAAAGGACCAGUGGAAAGCAAAGAGGUCCUGGAAAGGGCCCAAGUCCCACCCAAGUUUUGGAAAAGACUUGGGAAUGGGUGGUGGGAAAGGAGGUGCCAGGCAUGAGGCCAAGCCUUGGGUGGAUGUUGGCUUGUUAUACAAGUGCUUGGAAAAGCACCAGAAGUUGCUUGCUGACAUGAAGGCAUAUGAACAUGUCAGUUCCCAGGCAGCACCUAAUGCCAAAGCCCUCCUGGAUCUGAAAAACUUGUGGGCUGGAUUGCUAGAGCUCUCACCACAGGGCAGCAUCCAUUCCCAGCUUGAAUACCAAAGUCUUUUGGAAGGCUUGGAAAAGCUGCAGACUGCCCCUGGCCCAAAUGCUGACCCUGGGGAUGCAGAGGUGGUGCCUGAGAACCCAGGGGCUGAACAUGUGGAGCAGGCAGAGGAGGAGCAGAGGCUUGCCUGCAAUUUUCAGAAGCCCUCUUGGAAAAGAGGCAAGCUUGAAGAAGCCUGCUGCAUCUCCCCAGCUUGCCGACAGAAGGCCAAGAGGGCCCACAAACAGUGGAGUGCCUUGGAGCAGGCAGACCCCAGCUCCCCAAGCCACUUGGUCAGCCAUCUGGAAGCCUUGGAAAAGGCCAAGGAUUUGGGAAAGUCCAAGGCCAAGGCAAGCCAGAGAAAGGACUUGGAAAAGUCCAAGGCAGUGGGUUUGGACAAGCCUACUGCCAAGCCCAAGGUGAUGGUUGAUUGGCACCAGACCUUGGAGAACUCUGGCAGGGUCAGCAGUGAAGACCUCUUUGCUUUGGAGCAACUCCUGGACAAAAGCUGA